CCAUCAUCUGAUUCUCUAAUUGAAAACAAAAAGUGAAUGAAAAGAGACAAUAUUAUAGUUGAGAGUUGGAGAGGAAAAAAAAAAGAAACGCAUCUCAAUGGCAGCUUCCAUACGACCUCUUUAUCCACUUUCUUGUCCACUCAAACACACCUCCUCUUCCCCAUCCAUAAUUAAAUCUCACUCACCGUUUCCCCUCUCUGAAUCGCAGAGGCCAAUCUCCAUUUCCGUUUCUGUGUCAUUCAAUCCCUCCGGAAACUACGACCUCUCUCUCUUCGAGGAAGAAGAUGCGGCGAAAGCCCCGCCGCCGAUGCCGCCGAAGCAAGGCAGGUUCGAGGUGGUCAUCGACAACGACGUCAUCAGCCGCCUCGAUUUGUCUCCGUUUCACGCCGCCACCGGCAUAACCUCCGCAUCAGAUGCGGUGAAGGCGAAGGCGAAGGCGAAGGCGGAGGAGCUGCUGGAACGUAGCGUGGGGUUUACGAUCAACUACGUACGGGAAGAUGAGAAUGAUCCUCGAGAGUUGUCGGAGUUUCCAGAGAUUAGGCUGUGGUUUGUGAGACUGGACGCUGUGUAUCCAUGGCUGCCUCUGGUCUUGGACUGGAGAGCAGGGGAGCUUGCACGCUACGCUGCAAUGCUUGUACCUCACCAGAUGAGUUUGAGAAUGGGAGUGGUGUUCAAUCCAGAGGCGCUGGAGUUGUUUGUGGUGCACAAGGUUUUUGUUGGUUACACGUGGCUCAAGGAGAACGAUGUUCCGAUGCCUAGGUUGAAGGCUAAAGAUAUGGCCAGGAUGCUCGGAUUCGGAAUUGGAGAUGACCUCUUUGAUUUGGUUGACCAAAACCCAUUAAUCAUGUAAUACUUCUUCAAUCUUCUACCAUAUUAUACAAUUAUCAACCCGCAUGCUUCUUAAUUAGGAGGAGGAGGAGGAGGAGCAGUGGGAUUUGAACGUUAGAUUUCAUUGUUCACGUACACAUAAGAGUUUGCAUCGCUUGACGUCCUCUUAAAUUCCCAAACAAUUAACAUUUAUUUUACAAUAGCACUAUGCAAAUAAAAGACGCUCAUUUAUUUA